CUCCUUUUAGGCUCUUUGGGUGUCCUACGGUUGUCAAAUAUCGCGGUAGCCGCCUCCCUAAUCACUACGUAAUGUGCCGUGCUGCUUCUAGCGGCGCUGGUGACAGUGCUGAAAGCUGUUGGGUAUGAAGUGAAACGGAACUGAAUUUUUGUACCAUCCGCAACUGCUUCAAGUUCAGAUCAUAACAAAGAAACUGAAGACAAAACUCCCAAAACAAGCAAAGUUGCAACACUGAAGACACGUAGGGAAAAAACGGAUCACUUCAAGGGUUUAAAACGCACGAAGUAACCAAAUCCUGAAACGACCAAAGAAGACGCACAUCAGCCCAAUUGAAACACAGAAGAGAAGCAAUCCUAUGCCCAAGCAUAUUCUGCGAAGACUAACUGAUCUGAAACCAGAAGUUUGUGCCUACUCAACAGCUUUGACAAAGCACACGUCCCAACGCUGCUCCUAGCCCUCCUCAUCCUCACCACACCACCGACUCACCACCGGGGUGUGGAGUGGGCUGCUAUCUGCUAGUUUUACCUUCCCCCCAUAGUUCCCCCCAUCUUUCCCUUCCUCUACUUCUCCCACUGUUUUCAUUGUAUUUUUUUUUUCUAAGCAGUGUUAUUGCACCUGCGUUUGCCUUUUUUGUGCUAGAUUUCUCCCCUUUUUUGCUUUAUGCAACCAUCUAGAACUUGUGCCAGAAACCUGUAACAAGUGUGUGUGUGUUCAACUGUGUGCGUGAAGAGAUCUGCAGGAACUGCAUAGUCAUCGAGAUCCUGAGAAUUACAAGAUUCAAGACAACGAAUAAAGACAUCCAGCGGUGUAUCAUUGGGUGGUUACAUAAAAAAUAGAACUUAACAGCCAAGCCAAAAAAAGAAAAAAAAAAUCAAACAAGUAAUCAAGUUCAGCAAGUGCUCAAGCAAGUUUGGUCCGAGUUUAUGGGAAAAUAUGGGCAGCCCCUGGAAAGGCUUUGUUGAGUUUACCUUGCCUGCGUCGCCACCCACCGCGUUUGUUAGCGCUGACCUGAGCAGCACCUCCCCUGUCGGACUCAGCCUGUCGCCAUAUGGCCGAUCCCAGAUACAAGUCCUAUCCCCAGUGUCAGAAAUGGAAAGAGGCUCAUCUGAACCUCCAGUGGCUCGCAACACUGGCUCUGCCCCAUCUACCUCUACUGGUCCCAUGCCUAUCCCCCGCUCCUCCUCCGUCUCUUGCCAUCCCCACCCAGGAAGUAAAAAACACAAGCGGACUCCUUUAUAUCAGAGAUCAAUGAGUUUUGACCCUGGCAUGCUCCAUAACAAUGGACACACUGCGUACGCCAACGGCACAGGGCCCGGCAUUAGAGAGACUGGUGUGGUGGAAAAGCUCCUGACUUCCUACGGGUUCAUCCAGUGCUCCGAACGCCAGGCCCGUCUCUUCUUCCACUGCUCUCAGUACAAUGGCAACCUGCAGGAGCUUAAAAUAGGAGAUGAUGUAGAGUUUGAGGUUUCCUCUGACAGGCGCACUGGCAAGCCCAUAGCAGUGAAGCUGCUAAAGAUAAAGCCAGAGGUGCUGCCAGAGGAGCGCAUCUCGGGCCAGGUGGGGCCAGACCUGCACGCCUUUCCCUUUACUGUGCUGCAUGGUUAUAUUCAUCCAGUUGUCUCAGCAAUCCCUGUGCACCUGGAUGGAAAAUCUGCUCCCGGCCAGGUGCCCACUGGCAGUGUUUGUUAUGAAAGAAAUGGGGAAGUGUUCUACCUUACCUACACCCCUGAUGAUGUGGAGGGAAAUAUCCACCUGGACACCGGUGACAAAGUCAGCUUUUAUAUGGAAACCAACAAGCAUACUGGUGCAGUCAGUGCUCGGAACAUUCAGCUGGUGAAGAAGAAGCAAAUGAGGUGCCAGGGUGUGGUGUGUGCUACAAAGGAGGCUUUUGGCUUCAUUGAGAGGGCUGAUGUGGUGAAGGAGAUCUUCUUUCACUACAGCGAGUUCAAGGGUGAUCUGGAGGCUCUGCAGGCUGGAGAUGACGUCGAGUUCACCAUCAAAGACAGAAAUGGUAAAGAGGUAGCCACAGAUGUAAGGCUGCUCCCCCAAGGAACAGUCAUCUUUGAGGAUAUCAGCAUUGAGCAGUUUGAAGGCACUGUCGUCAAGGUCAUUCCCAAGGUUCCCACCAAGAAUCAGAAUGACCCUCUACCGGGCCGUAUCAGUGCCAGGAUUGGUUUCACUGACAAGGAGCUGCCAUUUGGCGAGAAGGACACAAAGUCCAAGGUGACCCUGUUGGAGGGAGACCACAUCCAGUUCAACAUCUCCACCGACCGCAGAGACAAGCUGGAGAGGGCGACCAACAUUGACAUCCUCCCAGACACCUUUAAUUUCACCAAGGAGACCCGUGAAAUGGGGGUGAUUGCAGCUAUACGUGAUGGGUUUGGCUUUAUUAAGUGUGUGGAUCGGGAUGCCAGGAUGUUCUUUCACUUUAGUGAGGUCCUGGAAGAAAGCCAACUGCACAUCUCAGAUGAAGUGGAGUUCACUGUUGUGCCUGUAGGUCCUGUUUAUAAGCUUUUCACAAAAGAUAUGCUGUCAGCUCAGAGGAACCACGCAGUGCGCAUUAAGAAGCUGCCCAAGGGCACAGUGUCCUUCCACACCCAGUCUGAGCAGCGCUUUAUGGGUGUGGUGGAGAAGGAAGUUGUGGCAACCACCAACAAGAAUACCAGUCCCACCAAGGGCAAGGAAAAGAAAAAAGACAAGGCUAAAGUUGUAGAAAAGGAAUCAGAGGAAGGAGUGAUUGCAUAUGAAGACUGUGGAGUGAAGCUCACUGUGGCAUACCAUACCAAGGACCUAGAGGGAGGAGGAUACCCACAGGUUGGAGACAAGGUGGAGUUCUCCAUCAACGAAGUGAAGCGAACUGGCCAGCAGAGUGCAGUCUCCAUUAGGGUCCUCAACCGUAAUGCCUCCAAUGCAAAGAGGCUGCUUGGAUUUGUUGCUACACUGAAGGACAACUUUGGCUUCAUUGAGACAGCAAAUCAUGACCAGGAGAUUUUCUUUCACUACAGUGAAAUGUGUGGAGACUUGGAGAGCUUGGAGCUGGGCGACACAGUGGAGUACACGCUCUCUAAGGGAAAAGGAAACAAAGUCAGUGCUGAAAAGGUUACCAAAGUGGCUGCAGUGAAUGGCAUCAGUGAGGAUGUUGGUGCAACAGUGAUGAUGGGGAAAGUCAUCCGUCCCUUACGCAGUGUGGACCCCUCCCAGACAGAAUACCAAGGGCUUAUUGAAGUCACAGAGGAAGGUGCAACUAAAGGGCAGAAUUAUCCCUUUGGAAUCAUGGGUAUGUCAAACAAGGCCGAUUGUCUGCAGAAAGGAGAGCUUGUGAAGUUCCAGGUUUGCACAGUAGCCCAAACUGGACAGAAGAUGGCCUGUUAUGUGGUACCUCAGCGUAGAGCCAUGGUGGAGUGUGUCAAAGACCAGUUUGGCUUCAUCACAUAUGAAGUUGGUGAGAGCAAGAAGCUGUUCUUCCAUGUAAAAGAAGUGCAAGAUGGCCUUGAGCUCCAGACCGGGGAUGAGGUGGAGUUCUCAGUUGUCCUCAAUCAACGCACAGGAAAAUGUAGUGCCUGCAACGUACGCAGAGUCAGCGAGGGGCCUAAACCAGUGGUGACUCCGCGUCCAGAUCGUCUGGUUAACCGAUUGAAGAGCAUCACUCUUGACGACGCCAGUGCUCCCCGCCUGGUGAUUGUAAGACAGCCCCGCGGUCCUGACAAUUCAAAGGGCUUCAAUGUGGAGCGCAAGACUCGCCAGCCCGGCGUCAUUGACUGAGCAAUACAGAGCCCACCCUGUUUGGUGUUGGUGGGAUGCUGUCCCAAAGGGUAACAGCAGGGGAUAAGGGAAUUUGAUUUGACACAUGCUUGUACACACAAACUCAUACAGAAAACAUACGCACACAUACAGUAAUCGGCAUGUGUAAUCCUCGUCCCCAUCGAUACCUUCGAGGGAACUUUUCUCAUUCCACAGUUCCCUGCCUCCCAUGUAUGAUGUACUUGAUACAGAGUUCCACACUGCAGUCUACAUGGGGUCUCUGAGUGUGUGCGUGUGUGAUGUAUCCUAGAAGUGAUUAUAGUGUGUAACGGAGGUUAUUUGUUUCUGAGGGUCUUGUCCCUCUAAAUCAGAGUGAUGACUGUGUGGCUGUCUAUGUCCCUAUCUUUUUGAAUCUGCUUUGUCUGGAAUUCUGCACCUGUAAUCUGUCCAGUAGUUUGCCUGGGUGAAUGAGUGUGAAUGUUUGCAUGUCUUUGAGCAUCCGCUCCAUUUUUUUUCUCAUAUUUUUGCUCCUUUACCCAUGGAAACUCAAAAUGGUUUCAUUGUCGGGUUUCCACUACUGUAUGCUUUCCUACAAAACGCAUAAAGCAAAGCAAAGUUCCCUCCAUAAGGAGGAUCAUAUUUCUCAUGUGCGAGCUUAAACUGAGGAUUCUUCUCUGCUCGUUUUUUUUGAGCAGUUUUUAAAACGCUUUAUUGAAGAGCUGAAGUGAAAGCAUGGUGUGUAUGUGUAUGUGUGUGCGUGCGUGAGUGUGUGUGUGUGUGUGAUGUAUGUGAAUGUCAAAGUAGUUAAUCUAAUGGGAUUUACUUUUACCAAUCUGGAGCCUUUAGAUACCUUUUUGGUAUUCACAUGCUCCACUUAAGCAAUUUUUCCCAGGUGCAGAAUUCCUUGUGGCAUCUUAUAUCUGCAGUUCUUUUAUACUAUGUUUUUUUUUUUUUUUCUUGCACAUAUUUUUGCUUUUUUUUCCAUUGAAACUCAAUCUGCUAAUAUUGAAUUAAGUAAGAAUAAGGUGCCUAAAAACUACAAGCAAAAUAAUGAAAAAAAAAAAAAGAAAAAAUUAGAUGUAACCUCUGUUCCCAGCCAACCGCCAAAACAUUCAGAACAAUCUUAGGGUGGCUUUCUUUUCUAGUAGAAAUAAUACUGAUAUGCAUCCCAAACCUGUGGGUUGAACUAUACUGUAUGUAAUGUGUGCUUUUUUUGCUUAGUGAAAGUUCAUUGAAACUUCAGAUAUAACAAAAACUUAACUUAAAAAAAGGAGAAAGGUAAUGUUAGCAAUUCAGUUAAAAAAAAAAAGCAUUAUGAAUCCGGAUACGAGUUGUUGUGUUCCAGAGACAUGAUGGGUGAGCUGUUGUGCCUCUGCACAUUAAGUUACAGUCUAAAUUAAUUUCAACUUUGGAGAUCACCGGGUUUCAGUUGAACCACAAACAGAGGUUCUCAUGUACUUUUGUUAAUGGUCUUGAAUGAAACAAUUGAAUUAAAGUUUUAUGAAAAUCA